CAGCCCACUAAAUUCUGUGCCCUAGCUUACGGCCUAUCCACUUGCCUAUAUAAGUUCUGCAACGCUCUGAAAACCCUAAUUAUAGCAGCAGAAGAGUUGGAAGAGGAGGCUUCAACUCCCAUCUUCAUCAGUUUGUUGUAGAUCUAUUAGCGGUACGGGAACGAUGUCGGCCGGAGAACUUGCCUGCACCUACGCUAUUUUGAUGCUUUACGACGAGGGCAUUCCUGUCACUGCAGAGAAGAUUAGUACCAUUGUUAAGGCGGCGAAAGUGAGCGUGGAGCCCUUCUGGGCCAGCCUCUUUGCUAAACUCGUUGAGAAGAGGAACGUUGAAGAUCUAAUAAUGAACGUUGGUUCUGGUGGCGGUGCUGCUGUUGCCGUUGCAGCACCGGCUGCUGGCGGUGCCGCCGCCGCCCCUGCUGCUCCUGCCGCGGAGGAGAAGAAGGAGGAACCUAAGGAGGAAAGUGAUGAAGACAUGGGAUUCUCCUUGUUUGAUUAGGAGCUUCCCUUUUCAGCAUGCCUUGUCCUUUAUCAACACCCCACAGUCCAGCCCUCAAAAUUUUGUCUUCAGUGUUUUAGCUAUUAUCUGUUUUAGUGUUCUUGGUCAAAUUCGGCUAGGGUUUUCCUUUUUUUUUCCCCCAAGAGAUUAAGAGUCAAAAUGAGAUGGAGUUGUUCUGAACUUUGUUGAGUUGGGGUUUUAAUUCUAAUACUGGUGCAUUUUAUCCAGAAUUUACCUUGGCGAUUAUUUUUGUAUUA